CUUCUUCUUUCUUAAUAUAGCGGCUGCCGGCGGGGCCGCGCGCCAAUGGCCCGUCGCGCCGCCCCUCCACAGUCGGCGCGCUGCGGCGCGGUGUGCGCCCGCGGCCUGGAGCUGGAGAGGGUGCCCCGCUCGCGGUCUGCGCCGCAUCAUUCCCGCUCCAGCAGGGACCCGCCGCGCUGCGCCUCGCGAAAACCCCGCCGUGUCGACGCGCGCGCGCCACCUGCCGACCGACGCCCACGGCGCGACACAGCCAGCGAGGCACGCACCAGAGCUCCCUGGCCGUCGGCAGUCUGUCUCUCUCCCUCUCUGCGCCACCGCCUCCCGUGUGACGUACCUAGUGGCACCUGUUGUGCUCUGCGCGAGUUUAGCUUGGGACGAGAAGCAAAUAAAACAAAUAAAGGAUACGUAGACGGUUCCGUGUGCGAAGACUGGGUCACGCGUACUCUCGAAAGUCCACAGUGCAGUGGUCGACUGAUGUCCGUGGGAUAUUGAAACUGACGGAGGUACUUACGGCCUCCAAGACGGCGGCGAUUCGCGUGUUACGCCCGGGCGAUCCGUCGGGAGAGCACCACAAGAUGAACCAGCAGUGCAAGGUGUGCGGCGAGCCUGCGGCUGGUUUCCACUUCGGCGCCUUCACCUGCGAGGGCUGCAAGUCUUUCUUUGGACGGUCAUACAACAACCUCGGCUCUAUCUCCGAGUGCAAGAACAACGGGGAGUGUGUCAUCAACAAGAAGAACCGCACAUCCUGCAAGGCGUGUCGCCUGCGCAAGUGCCUGCUGGUGGGCAUGUCCAAGAGCGGCUCCCGCUACGGCCGGCGCUCCAACUGGUUCAAGAUACACUGUCUGCUGCAAGAACAGCAGCAGCAGCAGCAACAGCAACAGCAGCAGCAGCAGAACCACCUGCACCAGCAGCAGGUGGGGAGGCAGCAGAGGUCGCCCCCGCAUCCAUCUGCGCUGGGGAUACUCGGCCACCACCAAGCCCAGCCCGGCAACCACCCUCAUUUUGACCCUCGAUUACAUCACCAGCUGGCUGCAGCCAUGUCGCACCACCACCACCAGCGGGCCAAGGAAGACCUCAUGCUUCUGGGUCUGGACGAGUACAAGAAUUCGACGUCGCCGUCCAUCAGUUCCCCGGAGUCACACAACUCCGAUUCGUCGGUGGAGGUGAGCGACCAGCGGCUGGCUUCGCGGACAGCGAGCCUCUUCAAGGAGUCGGCGUCGCCGGCAGCGCACAAGGACGGAAUGUUCGUUCCGCUGCCGUUCGCGACGCUGGCGUCUCUGGCGCCUUCGGUGUUCCCGCACGCUGCCGCCGCGGCAGCCGCCGCCUUCUUGCAGCCGUCGGCGUUCGCCGGUGCGGGAGCGGCAGGCGCGCCCUUCCUCUUCCCGACGCACGGCGGAUACGUCUACCCUCCGGCUGGCCCACACAAGCAGCAAGGCCACCAUGCCGGAGUGCCCAAAAUGCCGACGACGCACGCCUCCACCCUCAACAAUAACACCAUCGACGCCGCGGCCGGCAAGAGGUUCUUCCUGGACGCCAUCCUGCAGUCCCAGAGGGUCUCCCCGCCGUCUACGCCGAGAGGCGCCACGGGCAGCGACGUCGACGCAGACGACGACGCCAACGAAGACGACGGCUCGUCGUCGCACCACUCUCCUUCGCUGCUGCUCUCCGAUCAGGAGCAGGAGAACCCGAUGGACUUGUCGAUGAAGGGCUGCCGCAUACGAGCCGAAGAGCGGCGGUCGCUGUCGCCGGGAGGGUUCAGCGGCAGCAAGGGAAGUGGCGCAGACGGCGCCGAGGACGACGACGAAGGCGACGCCGACGGAGACGGCGACGCCGACGGCCACCGCUCCGACUCGGGGCUGUCGCACGGCUGCGGCGCAGACGUCGACGAGGCGGAGGGCCACGCCUCGCUGGCGCACCGUGCCACGCCCAUCGAUCUCACGACCAAAGCGUGACGCGGCACAGCCCCGAACAACCUGCCUUAGGAGUUUGUGUACCACGGCUGUACACAGUCUCAGAUGCCUUUCGAAUACAGCUGCUUGUCACUGAAAACAAAGUAGCUUCAUGUCCAAAGACGAUUCGAGUUAUCCACACACUCUAAUAGUUCGUGCAUUCCUGUAUGACCUCAUAUGCAAGCACUAUCUAAAGCCAAGGGACUAGUGACACAAUCUUUCCACCUCCUGCAAAGACAAUUAAUUUUAAUUUGUCAAUUCAUGGUUGAAAACGUGUCGUCUGUUCAGCUUCACUGGAAAUUGCCACUUCCAAGUUGGAAUGGAGUCACUGUUGCCCAUUGCAGCUAACAGACGACACGAAAACGUCUUUUGAUGUCGCACUUCGGAAUACGUAACGUAAACAAAACUUCCCGUCCUAGACUUGUCUUUGCUGAAAAAUCCACGGAAGCGUCAUUGUCACUACCGACAAGGAACAUCAAGUAAAUCACAGAUCAUCUCUUCAGGUGUUGUAUACACCGUGUUUCAGUCCAAAGGAGAUGCAGACAGCCAGGAUAUGAGAUCAUUCCUCUUUUCGACACUUACCUUACAAAUGUACUUGUACACCUUUAGGAAUAGGAAAUCUGUACACUUAGUUGUGGCGAUAAACAGCUCAGAAAUAAACAGUGCAGCUCUGUAGAAAAUUAUAGCAUGUUUUGUCCCUUGGAAGCUGCAGACACGGACUGAGUGACGAAUUACAUAACUACGUUGUAACAAGUCGACCUCACAACCUCAUUCGCUGUUUAUACUUUUAUUUUACACUCACUGAUUAUAAAUCGAAACAUCAAAAGAGCGUACAGAACUUGGAAUUAAGCGUUGACUGUCACAGUUGAUUGAUAUUUUCAGCAUAAGAAUAUUGCUACUUACAAGAAAAUGCUUAGUCGUGAUUAAGGUUUCACAAAGCUCGUGUGUAUCUUAACUUUUCAACUAUGUUUACUUCCAUACAAUUUGUCCAUUGAAGAAAAUAAACUAAUUAUCGUAUAGUUCGUUUAACCUUCUUUAUCUUUAAAAUUUAAGGAGUCGUAGAGCGAGAAAUGUUACUCAUAACAGCGUUCUUCUGAUCACAGCUGUUACAAACUGAAUUGUACGCCUCAAGCAAGACACCAAUGAACUGUUUUACCUGUGGGAAGAUAGCUGAAGACAAGCAUGUAACUUUUUUUUCGUUUUGCGAUGGUUCCGCCGCACUAAUAAGUGAAGUUCACUAAGAUGUCAACUGGAAUUUCUGUUUAUAACCCAACCCUCUUAUAUUUCCCAUGCCACAGUAAACACUGUCCGAGUCAGUUUCAUUUUUCAGUGCUUCAUUUUAGUCUCUGAGCAUUGCUAGUGGAAGGUCUAAUUCAUAACUUAUCUAACAGAUCGAAACAUUAUAUACUAUUUUUUUUCCAAACAGCUGAACCUGACCAACAUUUCAAAUAAAAUCAAUGAAGGAAUGAUCUCAUUGUCGUAUGUCUGAGGUUGGUGAAAUUUUGUGAUAACAUGUUGUUGUAUUCUAUGAUAGCGGAAUGCCGUAAGUGAAACACUUCUGGGUUUUGUUAUCGUCAAAGUUUUUUAGUGUCACAAAUCUGGUGAAAAGAUUUACUUAUGUGAAGAAAGUUACUAUGGGACUUAUGGCCAGUCUGAGUAAAUAUUUUUGCUGUUAUUGUUUGAGUUUAGUCUAAAGACUAUCUGACAAUUAUACCUGCUUGUUCAUGAUAUUUAGCAACAAAUAAUGUUAUUGUAUUGUAAAUAUUGUUUGUAGAAUAAGUUCUACUUUGACGCAGUAAAUUGUUUAUUGUUGUUUCGCUUUUUAUCUAUAUUAAAAUUGUGAUAUUCAGUCACCAAAUAAACUGUACAUUGAA